GCGGAGACAAUUUCUGUUCAUCUCUUCUUUCUUCAUGGCCUCCUAUCUUCGCAGCUGGCUAUCUGCCCAAGCACCUGACACCGACGCAUCCACCAUCGCUGAGCACGGACCAUCCUUGUCCGUCUCCUACGACGACGUUGACGAUGACUCUGAGACCGUACACGGGGGCGACGAGCUCGACGACUCGCCACCCUCCUUCCCCAGCCUAAACAGCGUACAACGUCUAUCUCCAGGGCCCAACAAGCAGGCAUCAGACAACAUACCGCGCAUAUUGACCGAUGCCCAGUUGAUGCCACCCCCACCAGUCCCUUCUCUCGCGAAUCGACGACCGGGGACAUCUACCAGCAGCGCUAUGUUUUCAGGCUCGAAUUCACUAGCCGUUCCUCUCACAACUACCAAACCACCGCUCAAGCCUACCGCAAAGCGGGGCAAGGUAGCCCUCGCCCCAGGGCACGGCCCGCUCGAUUGGGCGAACCUUAAGAAGUCGGGGCAGGAUCUCAGGGGAACCGACACGCUGCUGCGCGUUACGCCGUCUAUGCUGAAAGAGCAUAAGACGCGCGAGGAUGCAUGGUCCGCGUUCAACGGCAAGGUCUAUAAUAUCACGCCAUACCUCCCGUACCAUCCAGGAGGGGAGCAGGAGCUCAUGCGCGUAGCGGGCCGCGAUGGAAGCAAGCUUUUUGCCCUCACCCACGCAUGGGUAAACCUCGAUUACAUGCUGGACGCAUGCCUCAUCGGAUUUCUCAUACCUGAAUCUUGA